AAUUUUUUUUUAUAACAAAUGUGAAAAAAUAACAAAAAUUGAUAAAUUUGAAUUAGCAACGUAUAAUUUUGGUCGAAGAAACCCGAUCCAUUCCUAGAUGUUUUGUUUGACCAAGAAAAAAAUUAAGAAUAGGGAAUCAUUUUCAUUUUGGAUUCCCUCUCUCAGUCUAGUGUUUGUUGCCCUUUCAAGCUUACUUUAUCAAGUCUCAUCGUCGCUCGAGUCGAGCACCUAUCUCCGCCUGCCAAGAUGAAGAUUAUGGUGGCCGUGAAGCGAGUGAUAGACUAUACCGUCAAAAUAAGACUGAAGCCCGACAAGAGCGGAGUGGAGACCCAAAACGUUAAGAUGUCGAUGAACCCAUUCUGCGAGAUAGCUCUGGAAGAGUCUCUUCGAAUCAAGGAAGCAGGAUUGGCAUCUGAAGUGGUCGCCGUAACUAUGGGCCCCAAGCAAUCUAUCGAUACUCUUCGAACGGGUCUGGCCAUGGGGGCCGAUAGAGGGAUUCAUGUGGAGGCCACUGGCGACUUGUUUCCUCUUGCUGUGGCUAAGCUUUUCAAGGCUCUUGUUGAGAUAGAGAAGCCCGGUUUGAUUAUUCUAGGAAAACAGGCCAUCGAUAAUGAUUGUAAUCAAACUGGGCAAAUGGUGGCAGGGCUUCUAGGUUGGCCUCAGGGGACAUUUGCUUCCAAGGUGGUGCUUGACAAGGAGAAACAGGAAGUAAUGGUAGAUCGAGAAGUUGAUGGUGGUCUGGAGACUGUGUGUUUAAACUUACCAGCAGUUAUCACGUAAGCAUAUGAUCCUCAUUUUUCUUGUCUUUGUUUGCUUAACUUUCCACUGCUGCACUGUGAUUCCGUGUUGGUUUAUUUAGUUGCGUGUCACUCUGUUGUGUAUGAUCCAGAAAAGAGAUGUCUUUCUUAGAAUUUCUAUUUUGUGCUAUUACUAACGAAAAUGCUUGCGUGGUCUGCCAGAGUCGAUGGUUAGAGUUGUGAUGUAGGGGGUAGCACCGACAGCUGGGAAGAAAGGCAUAAUCUUCGUUAUAUAUCAAUUCAGCAUGAUUAAAAUCAAGUUCUAUAUUCUGCCUUGUACGGUUUUGUGGCUGCAUUGAAGGUUCAGUUACAUCCCGCAACACGUCCUUCCCCUUCUUAUGUCAUGUUUAUGUAGCUCAACUUUACUUGGUCUUCUUCUGCAGCACCGAUCUAAGACUGAACCAACCGAGGUAUGCGACACUGCCAAACAUUAUGAAAGCAAAAUCAAAGCCCGUCAAGAAAUACACGCCGGAGGAGCUGAAUGUUGGAACAAAGUCAGAUCUAGAGGUUGUUGAAAUCACAUAACCUCCCAAGAGGAAAGCAGGGGUGCUGGUUUCUUCUUUGGACGAGUUGAUCGACAAGCUUAGAAAUGAAGCUCAUGUCAUUUAAUAUCGAUGUUGAUUUACCUUCUGAGUUAGCAUAAUCCAGUUAUCCUACAAGGCUAAAACAGAGGGUUUGUGUAACAAAAGGCUUGUUGCCGGUUGAAUAAAACUUACGCAGAUAU